UUAUAGUCAACAGUUACAGGCCGACCUACAUGUGGUAGAGAGUGAGGGUCAGGGGGUUGUGGGUUCUGGUUUUAGCUCUGCCUCAUUGUUUAUGUGAUCUUGGGCAAGGCACUUCACUUCUGUGAGCCCCAAAUGUCCUUCUGUGAGAUGAAGAAGCUGGAUCAAUCGCUCCCAUUAUUGACCAUUUGUGGAGUGCCAGGUGCUCUGCCGGGCACAGGACAUUGAAGAUUUUAAUUCUCACAGUAGCCCUGUGAAUUAGAACAGGUGUCGGCAAACUAUAGCCCACAGGCCAAAUCUGGCCCCCUGCCUCUUUUGUAAGUAAGGUUUUAUUGGAACACAGUCAUGCCUGUUUGUUUACGUGUCAUCUGUGGCUGCUUUCAUGCUACAAUAGAAGAUUGGCCUGCAAAUCCUCAAGUAUUUACCGUCUGAGUUUCUACAGGAAAAGUUUGCGGACCCCUGAUAUAGAGCAAGAAGGUGAAGGGAAUAGUUUGCCAACCCCUGAGUUACAUUAUCCCUGUUCUAUAGGUGAGGGAACUGAGGCUGAGAAAAGUUAAAGUCUCAUGGCUAGUCCAUGACAGAGCCGUGACUGGACCCCAGACAUGCUGACUCUGAAACUCCUGCUCCUGCCAUUCCACAGGGCUUGCUUUCCUUCCAUCUUCAGUACCUUAAGAUUUAUUAGAACUGUUUUGUUGGUUUAGCUUAAUGGUGUUCUCUUUGUUGUAUUCAGGAGGAUUCUCAACUCGACCAUUUGUGAGAAGUGUCCAGCGUCAAAGCUUGUCGUCCAGAUCUUCUGUCACCAGCCCCUUGGCCGUCAAUGAAAAUUGCAUGAGACCUUCUUGGUCCCUGUCUGCUAAGCUGCAGAUGCGCUCCAGUUCUCCUUCUCGAUUCUCAGGGGACUCUCCAAUUCAUACCUCUGCCUCCACCCUGGAGAAGAUUGGGGAGGCGGUGGAUGACAAGGUCUCCAUCUCUUGCUUUGGUAGCUUGAGAAACCUUUCUAGCAGUUACCAGGAAGCCAGCGAUGGUCACAGUCGACGUGAGCACAAGGCUGUGGGCCGAGCCCCUCUGGCUGUCAUGGAAGGUGUGUUGAGAGAAGUAACAGGCACCUGCAGAUUGAACUCUGGUCUUGUAGAUGCACGGAGCAAAAACUCAGCACAAGGGGAUCGCUUGCCCCCUGUCUCUGAUCCAUUUGACAACAAUAACCAGAUUGCUUAUGUGGAUCAGAGCGAUUCUGUAGACAGCUCUCCAGUCAAAGAGGUGAAACCCUCAAGCCACCCUGGCUCACUCUCAAAGAAACCAGAGAGCACAACCAAGAGAUCCCCCAGCUCCAAAGGCACUUGUGAGCCAGAUAAAAGCUUGCGGAAGGGGAGACCAGUCUUGGCAAGCCAGGAAUCAUCUCUUUCAAGUACAUCUCCUUCUUCUCCUGUUCCUGUAAAAGUUCCUAUAAAGCCCUCCCGCUCCCGGAGCAAAGCAGAUUCUUCUUCCAGGGCCAGUGGACGGCAUUCAUCCCCUGCCCUGCCCAAAAAGGAGUCAUCCUCUAAAUCCCAGGACGCUCUGUCUUCUUCACCACAGAAGCAGAAGUCAGCCUCUUCCCUCGCUUACACUACUUCCGCACCUGCCAAAAAAGCCUCGGGCCCUGCCACAAGGGGGCCCUUCCCUCCUGGGAAGAGCAGGACUUCAGACAGAAGCUUAAGUAGAGAGGGUUCCAGACAAAGCCUGGGUUCUGACAGGGCCAGCAUCUCCUCCACCUCUAAACCCAGCUCUCCUUGGAUGGGUCAGGCCAGAGUGGGGGAGGGCAGAGGGGACAGCAAGCAUGUCAGGAGCUCUUCCAUGGCCAGCCUGCGGUCCCCCAACACAAGUGUGAAGUCUGGUCUGAAGAGGGACAGCAAGUCUGAGGACAAGGGGCUGUCCUUCUUCAAAUCAGCCUUGAGACAGAAGGAGACCCGGCGGUCGACUGAUCUUGGCAAGACAACCUUGCUCUCCAAAAAGGCCGGCGGGAGCUCUGUCAAGUCAGCCUGUAAGAGUGCAGCGGACGAGAAGUCGGAGAAGGGUUCCCAGCCUCCGGGUUCCCAGCAGCCCAGUGCAAAUGCAGUUGGAAAAGAGCGGCUUGCCUCCAAAGACCCUGCUUCUGCUAAACAUUCCCUGCUGUCAGCUCGCAAAUCCAAGUCUUCCCAGUUAGACUCUGGCAUCCCCUCGUCUCCUGGUGGCAGGCAGCCUGCUGAGAAAUCCUCAAAAAAAUUAUCUUCUAGCAUGCAAACCUCUGCACGGCCUUCUCAAAAACCUCAGUGAUACUUCUGCAAUCCAAGUGUUUUAUCUGUAAAAAUAUUUAUUUAAAAUCCCUCGCCUCCCACCAAAGCCCUCUAUGCUUUUGUUUUGUAUUUUUUAGGUCACGUGCCUGGUGUGUGUGCGUGUGUGUGCGCGUGUGAGGAGAAUUCAAUUGUAAAUUGUGAAAAGCGGGCGCCUUACUCUGCCAUUGAACCAAAUAACAGCCGUAGGGAAAGCAUUGAUACCAAGCUAACUGGAAUAAUUGUAGAUGAUACCCUGGAUGGUCCCUUUAGCAGCUGUACAUAUUUCUUUCUAGAGAACUCUAAUGACUUGUCGGACACUGGGGUUUUGAAACCUGUGAACCACUUACAGUAUUGUUAGUGUGCUCUGCAGAAGGAGGAGUUACUUGGCUUGGGUUUCAUCUGAGUAGGAUUUGUUUCCCUGCAGAUUAUCAUGUGGUACCAGGAGCUCUAAAAACUGUGACGCUAACUACCGGUGAAACAAACCGAGGGAAACUUGCUUUCUGCACUUUCGCCCCAUCUGCCAGUCUUUGUAAACGGGCAAUAUUUUAACACUAAUGUUUCUCAGGUAUUUUCUCCGCUAGUCUAGGGUGGCUGCGCAUCGGUGAACGGAUUAAAGAAGAGGGUGACAGGUGGGUGACCGUGUCAUUUCUCCUACUGCCACAGAUAGAAGUGUUAGAGGCAGAAAUGAAGUCGUUCACUCCCUUCGUAUCUGCAAAGAUGUGUGUGUCGUAAGCUGUCUUGGCUCUUAGGAUAUGCCCUACUAGGUGGCAAAUUGGAUAGCCAGAAAGCCAGUCAGUAGUAGUGAAAUUUUUCUUUCCUGCAUUUGCUAGCUAAGGCCAUGGGGGUUUUGAAAUGUAGUAGAGCAGUUCACACCUUUGAAAGAUUUCCUGGAAAAAAAUGGGUUCUGAACUGGAUGUGUGAGUCUGUGCCAUUUUCCUUAUCUGGUGUUGCUUUUUUUGUAUGUUCAACGUUGAAAGCUCCAUGCUGCCCUGCGUUUGCGUGCUCAUGUAUCCUUGUAACUUGGAGAGGACAGAUGCUGCCUAAUGCCAAAUGGGUGAUGGCAUGUUGAACAGUGUGUGACCGAGUGUCACGUGUGCACUUCUGGUCUGCCUGUUAGUCUUCGUGACAAAUGCUUCUCAGUAACUCAUUUAUUUCUUCUUUGGGCUGAAGAUUUAAUCUCGUAACCAGAACUCACAGGCAGGCUUGGAGUGUGUGCCAUCUGGCAGUGCUCAGUACAAACUGCAUUUCUUGUGUAGAAAAAAAGUGAACCUCGUAGAAAUCUCACACAUAAACAAGACACGGUCUUUCAAGCAUUUUGGAGGUAUCCUGGCAAUGCUUUCCUG